CCACCGUCCAAAAUGACCUCCAACAACCUCUCCACCUGCUGCACAAUCGGGACCCUCCAUGAAGGCAACCCAAAAGGCACAAUCCAGGACAUUGAAAACAUCUCAACCUACAUCACCCACCCGCCAAACCCAACCCCAAGCGAACCCCAACCCGCCAUCCUAAUCCUAACAGACGUAAUCGGCCACCGCUUCCGCAACGCUCAGCUCCUGGCCGACCAGUUCGCCGCCGCAGGCUACCUAGUCGUAAUGCCAGACCUGUUCACCGGCGACAGCGUGCCGCUCAACCGGCCCCAGGGCUUCGAGAUCAUGGAAUGGGCCCAGAACCACCAGCCGCCGCACACCGACCCAAUCAUCGAGACGAUCCUCAAGUACAUCCGCACGACACUCGGCUGUCAGCGCGUCGGCGGGGUAGGGUAUUGCUUUGGCGGGAAGUACGUGGCGCGCUUCUUGCGGCCUGGGAUGGGGGCGCUGGAUGCCGGGUUCACGGGGCAUCCGACGAUGAUGACUGCGCAGGAGUUGGAGGCCGUGCGGGGGCCGUUGAGUAUUGCUGCUGCUCAGCAUGAUCCGAUUUUCCCGGCAGAGAAGAGACGCGAGAGUGAGGAGAUUCUGGGGAAGAGCGAUCAGGCUUGGCAGAUUACGGUGUUUUCGGACGUCGAGCAUGGGUUUGCGGUGCGUGGGGAUCCGGAGGUGCGGCGGGUGAGGUUUGCGAAGGAGCAGGCGUUUAGACAGGCGGUUGCGUGGUUUCGGGAGUUUUUGUAGGGGUUUAGAUGGGUCUACUGUAGAUGUGUCGAGGCAAUUGAGAAUGGGAG